CUCAGAUUAGUGAACGGCCCAUAAAUAAGGCCCAGCGGUCAGCGAAGGCCUUGCGGGUCAUGAGAGUUCGUCGAGUUAGGGUUUGGGUUUCCUGUGUUCCUCGUUUUAUGAGACUCUACUCUUCAAACGCCAAAACCUAAGCGAGCAGCGGCCGCCUUCGUUCUCCAUCUUCCUGCUCUCUUCUGCAUCAGCUAGCCGCCGUCGAUAUGGCCCCGAAAAGAGGUGCUAAACCCGUGGCAGCUGCAAAGAAGAAAUCUGAUAAGGUUGUGAAUCCGUUGUUCGAGAAGCGCCCGAAGCAGUUUGGAAUCGGUGGUGCACUCCCUCCUAAGAGGGAUUUGACGAGGUUUGUCAAGUGGCCUCAUGUUGUUCGUAUUCAAAGGCAGAGAAGGAUAUUGAGGCAACGAUUGAAGGUUCCUCCUGCUGUGAACCAGUUCACAAAAGCACUUGACAAGAACCUAGCCACCCAGCUAUUCAAGCUUUUGCUGAAGUAUCGCCCAGAGGACAAAGCUGCUAAGAAGGAAAGGCUUAUUAGCAAAGCACAAGCUGAAGCAGAGGGAAAGUCUGUGGAGUCCAAGAAGCCCAUAGUUGUUAAGUAUGGACUUAAUCAUGUGACUUACCUUAUCGAGCAGAACAAGGCCCAACUGGUGGUUAUUGCUCACGAUGUUGAUCCAAUUGAGCUGGUUGUCUGGUUGCCUGCACUCUGUCGGAAGAUGGAGGUUCCAUAUGCUAUUGUGAAGGGCAAGUCAAGACUUGGAGCGAUUGUCCACAAGAAGACAGCUGCAGCUUUGUGCCUUACAUCUGUUAAGAAUGAGGACAAAAUGGAGUUCAGCAAGAUUUUGGAGGCAGUGAAGGCUAACUUCAACGACAAGUUUGAUGAGCACAGGAAGAAAUGGGGUGGUGGGAUAAUGGGAUCCAAAUCUCAGGCCAAGACCAAAGCCAAGGAGAGACUCUUGGCUAAGGAGGCUGCGCAAAGAAUGUCUUAAGUAGAGCUUGAUUUAUAGAUCCUUGCAAAUUUUGAUGAUGUUAGCCGUUCCCCUAAAUUUGUUUCUACUGAACGACUAGCCGUCUGUUUUUCUGUAUUCGCCAUGAGUCCGAGGAUAAUGAAUGUACGUGUUGAAUUUUUGUUUGGAGUAAUUUAAUAUGGACGUAGCAUCUUUUUUAGUAUGCUGUUUUAAUGAUUUUGGUCCGUUGCCC